AUGUCCCUCGUUUCCCUCCUCCCCACUGCUUGCCCCCGCUGCAUUCUCAGGCUUCAAAACAUCCGCACACCCCCCUCCUACACCCGCCCCAUCCGUCCCACUCCCCCGUGCUCCCUCUGCCUGGGCAUCUUGCAAGAUCCGGCUCUCACCGCGCUUAUCACUGCCCUCCGCCCGCAUCUCUCUGCCCUCCGCCACGACCGUCGCUUCAAAAUCAAUGCCUCGCUGCCCAUAUCCGCUUCCCUCCUGCGCGACCGCGCCGCCCGCCACGUCCUCCAUCACGCCAACCUACACCCGGCCUCCCCGACGGACCCCCACAACGUCUCCCUCCGCGAGGCCGUCAAGUGGGCCGUCUGCGCCCGCGUCCACGACGCCUUCGGCAUGCGCUACCACCCAGACGCCCAGCUCUUCGUUGACCUCUCCUUCUCGCAUACGCCCUCCAACUCUGAUGCCGCCUUCGUCCACACUGACCCCGCCAAUCCCCACAAGCGCCGCAGACUCCAGAACGACGUUUCCGCCACGGCCGUCGUGCGUGCCGCCGCGGCCAUGACCGACCAGCAGUUUGUCGAAACCAUGGGUCCGCGCUUCUUCCCGCCCCCGCCGAUUGAGCAGCCCGCGGAGGUCGCCGUGUCGGUAUACGUCGCGCCCGUCUUGUUUGCGGGGAGGUACAAUAAGCUCUCGCGCGUCGUGUCGCAGACCCCAUGGUUUGUCGAUGCGCCGCCCGCCGCAUCUGGCCUUGCCGCCAUCGCGCGGGCGAACGAGGGGAAGGUCACGGACCAGUACGGGCGCCGCAAGCGCACAGAACUCAGCGUGGAAGACGCGGCGACGGCAGGGAUUCGCGAAGUGCUUAACCCGGACAAGGCUACGUUCACAGCGGGCGGUCGCGAGGAUGUCGACGUACGCAUGCUAGGGAAGGGAAGGCCGUUUGUGGUUGAGGUAAUUAAUCCAAAGAUCGUGCCGGCGCUCAUUGAGGAAGAGAUGGUGGAAAGGAUGCGGGCGUUAGCGGCGUCAGUGAGCUCGUCGGUUGUUAUUCGCGAUUUUCGGAUGGUGUCGAAGGAGUACUUCGCGCAGAUGCGCUCGUUUGAGAUGGAGAAGAAAAAGUGUUAUAGGUGCGUUGUGUGGACGAGACGGGAAGUUGGCAGCGAGGAGUUGAAGGAUAAGCUGGAGGUCCAGGGGGGGUUUAUGCUCAGACAGAAGACGCCGUUGCGCGUGCUGCAUCGCAGGACGCAGGCGGUGAGGGAGAGGUGCAUCUUUGAGGCGCGCUUGACUCGGGUCGUGUCGCCCAAUUUUUUUGUCAUGGACGUGGUGGCAGCGGCAGGGACUUACAUAAAGGAAUUUGUACACGGCGAUCACGGAAGGACGUUGCCCAACGUGGCGCAGCUGCUCGACUGCGAUGCCGAUAUUGUGCAGCUUGACGUGACAGAUAUUUACACGGACAGCGAAAAGAGGUGACGUUUGGAAGACGGUAGAGCAAGCAAGAUUUAUUCGCGUGAGUGCAGACUAUAUGUGCAUGGCAACAUAUGCUGCAACAUAUAGUGGCAUAUCUUUUUGUAACAUUUGGACAAGAUGGUCGGCGUUCAUGAAUCCCUUCCCAAGCCAUUGGAGCGAGGAUAUCCAUUCUCAUUCUCCGCCUGCUUUGCUGAACCGCACGUGUCGUGACAGUCACAGCCACAAAACUCCUUCGCUCGACGUGGUCGAUAAGUUGCCGUGGCUGUAGCUGUCUCCUUUACGGUAACGGCGUCGAGCAAAGGGAGCUUGGGAAAGAGCCGUUCGUACAACCACCGAGCGAUAAACUCAGCCGUGGGGCUAUCGGUGUCGAGGGAAUCGUUGAGAUGUUGAUGAUCCAAAUGUUUUUGCAAGACAGGCUUCACGGCCGCAGAUAUGUGCGUGAAAUCACAGAGCAUAUUGGUCCCUGGGCCGCGCUUUUGGAGCGAAGACCCGGAAAGCUCAAGGGAAACCGAGUAGCUGUGUCCGUGCAAGCGUGCACAUUUGCCGUCAUGGUGGGCAAGCGUGUGUGAGGCUUCAAAGGUAAAGGUUUUUUCGAGUAUGUACAUAGUGCAUGUGUUGAAGCGGCAGCGAUGAGGUUGAGUUAGUCGCGGCAGUUGCAGGUGAGACAAAAGGGGAAGAGAGCGUUCGUGUCUUUGACUGUCCGACACCUAGGCAAGCGCCGGCGCGACAACCGCGCAGCGCCCCCGAGCUCGUUGCAUGCGGCGACCUCAGAUGUUGAGAGGAAAGCCAACGAAGAAAGGCACUGUUCUCAUUUGCGGAAGCUAAUAAUUAACGGAAAAGUAGAUUUUCAGAAAUAUCGACUCACCACCAGUUAACUCCGAAACGGUUCUCAUCUCCGCCGCCACAGCAAGCGACUCAUAUGAUCGAGCUCGCGAGCUGCCCUGUGUGCCCCUCUUUAGGGUGUGCCUUUGCAUAGCAUUUCGUCACAUGGUGGUGCCUCAGUCUCAGCCAUUCAUGUUUUCCAGCGCCAGUAAUAAACUGCGCCAUUGGCGCAUCU